CCGCCGGCAGAGGCGGUGGAGAAGCAGAAGGCUUCGGAUGGACGCUCGCAGUAAUGGCCUGGGCCCGAUGGAGCCUGUCUACGCCGCCGUCGAUAGGGACCCAACCGCCGCAGAUCGGAAGCGCACAACGUUGUUGCAGAAAACGUGGGCAUACUUCAAAGAAUACUGUGUCAACACAAGUUUGCACGGCCUCAAGUACGUCGGCGAAGACCGGUGCCCCCUGGCGCAAAGGUUGUUCUGGCUGCUGACAUUCCUGGUGAGCCUUAUCGUGUGCUGCGUGUUCAUAUGGAACGCCAAGCUCAAGUGGGACACGACGCCCGUCAUCGUCACCCUGGCGGACUCCUCCUACCCCGUGGGCAAAGUGCCCUUCCCUGCCGUCACCAUCUGCAGCGAGACCAAGCUGCAGCGUUCCUUCUUCGACUUCACGCAGGCGUACCAAACGAGCACAGAGAACAGGACUGAAGAACAGACGCAGUACCUGGGAUAUGCUAGUCUCAUCUGCGACGGAAACAAAAUGCUUGGGGCCAAUACAACGGAUGAAGAUGCAAUAGAGUUUUUAUUAAAGGCUGCCCCAAAACUCGCACAAACACUCCUCAACUGCUCGUGGCAUUCGGAAGACAACUGCUCGUGCCUUUUCGACACAGUUCUUACAGAUGAAGGAAUCUGCUUCACUUUCAACAGUAUUGCCUACGACGACUUCUUCACGGACAAAGCGCACCAGAACAACACGCUGCGCCACAGCCGGGUGAACCAGGUGCGCGGCUGGAGCCUGGACGAGGGCUACACCGGCCGCGCCUCGGAGGCCGUCUACCCGCGGCGCACCGUGUCCGCUGGCGCCGCCGCGGGGCUCACCAUCGUCACGUCCACCGACGACCAGAACAUCGACGCCAACUGCCGCUGGCCCGUCCAAGGUUUCAAAAUGCUGCUGCAUAGCCCGGGGGACUUCCCCAACAUGAAGACGCAGUUCUUCCGCAUCCCGGUCGACCGCGACGUGGUGGUCAGCGUGCAGCCGCGUGUCAUGAUGACGUCAGAGGCGCUGCACAGCUACUCACCCGACGGCCGGCGCUGCUACUUCUCGUCGGAGCGCAGCCUCUACUUCUUCCGCUACUACAGCGAGGAGAACUGCAUGACCGAGUGCCUGGCCAACUUCACUGUCCAGCGGUGCGGCUGCGCUGCCUACUACAUGCCCAGAAAGAAGAAUGUUCCGAUCUGUGGGGGUGCUAGAAUGCGUUGCAUAAAAAUUGGAGAAGAUGACUUCUAUGGUUCUGAGGGAAACCUGGCAGACUGCCACUGCUUGCCAGGAUGUAUGGAAAUAAAGUACACUGCUGAGAUAUCCCAUUCUCAGAUAUUGUGGCACAAAUAUUUCGAACAAAAACCGGAAGAAGCAGCUAAAUUUGAAAACAAAACACACGGAAAAACUGUAAUCUACUUCAAAAACAGCCACUUCAUUCCCAGCCAUCGGAGUGAACUCUAUGGAUUUACAACUUUCAUGGCGAAUUGUGGUGGCCUGCUGGGACUGUUCCUGGGAUUCAGUGUCCUGAGCCUCAUCGAAUUUAUAUACUUCCUCACAGCACGAGCAUUGUGUUACUUUUCAUAAUGUUCAUAAAGAAACCUGCUUCAAAGAAAUACUGCAGUAAAAUAUCUGUCAGAAAUGUAUUCAAAAUUUGAUAUUAAAGA